UCUCUCUCUCUCUCUCUCUGUUUAGGGUAGUAGAGCAGGUGCUGUGGGUUGCAUGUGAUGAAAGACUUUGACCUUGAUGCGACUCAACACCAUGAGUUUUUGUGUUCAUUAGUUAAUUAUUAUUUCAACAUUAUUUGGUCUUUUUUCUUCACCUGAGUUCUGCCGUUCUGAGGGCUAUGCAAUUGAAAUAAGGUGAAAUUACACAAGGAACAGCGAAAAGUCCUUUACAAAACGCCAGGAGCGUUCACGUCACCGCUUUCAUUGUGUUGAAUCAAUGAAAGAUCUGCGUUUCCAGUGAAGUAGAAGAACAGAACGCUUUCAUGAAUAUUAAUCUGGAUUAAUUUUCUGUGGGGAAGUUUUGAAAAUGAAGUUUCUCUUCUAUUUUUUCGCAGUGAUCUUGUUUUUACUCGACAACGGUUCGUCUGGUGCUGAUACAGAUGACGUGUCAUUGUCAGUGAUGGAGGGAGAUUCAGUCACUUUAAACACUGGUGUUCAAACAAACCAACAAGAAGUUAUCAAAUGGUAUUUUAAUGACACUCGAAUCGCUCAAAUCAGUGGAGAUCUCAGUGAUAUCUGUACGGAUGUUCAGUGUGAAGACGGAGAUGAGAGAUUCAGAGACAGACUGAAGCUGGAUAAUCAGACUGGAUCUCUGACCAUCACACACACCACAUACUCUGGACUUUAUGAACUGAAGAUCAUCACCAGCAGAAGCAGCAGUGACAAGAUCUUCAGGCUUUCUGUCACGGGUGUUUCUGCUGCUGAACUAUAUGAAGUGAAUAAGGGAGAAUCUGUUACUUUAGAUCCUGGUGUAAUAAAAAACCCAAAUGAUUCAAUGAAGUGGUAUUUUAAUGAUAUUCUCAUCGCUGAAAUCACUGGAGAUCAGAGUCAGAUCUGUACAGAUGUUCAGUGUAAAGAGAGAUUCAGAGACAGACUGGAGCUGGAUAAUCAGACUGGAUCUCUGAACAUCACACACACCACAAACACACACUCUGGAGUUUAUAAACUACUGAUCAUCUUCAUCAACAGCAGCUUCAGCAUCACUACAGUGAAGAGAUUCAGUCUUUCUGUCAUUGAUGUUGUUCCAGAUUCAGGUCUGUCUUCAGUAGCUGUUGCAGGAAUAGUUGUUGCUGUUCUGCUGGUGCUUGUUGUUGCUGCUGGUGUGAUUUACUGGUGUGAUCGUUGUCACCACAGGAGCCAUGCAUCAGUACAACGAAAUCCGCCGACUGAAGAAGUUCUAUGAGAUUUACCGUACAAAAAUGCACUUAUAAGAACAGUGGAUGGUGCUGAUGUUAUAGUCCUUUGAGGAGAAGGACACUCAGAUUCAGGCUGAGACUGACAAUCAAAUAUAAUUUAUAUUUUUAAUACUUUUUUGAAAGAUGCACUGAAGAGAAUUAGGAAAUGAGUAAAGUUCAUAAUUUAUACCUUUCGACCCCGAUGCUUCCCUAUACCACGCAUUGUUUCUCUUCCAAUUUACAUUUUUUCAUAUGUAGCUUUCGCGUGCAUAUGAUAAGCACUUUAUUGUGUGUAAUCCACACCACUAUGUAGAAUAGAUAUUUAGGCUACCCCACACCACUACUAAACCUAAACACUACUAAGCUCAUUUUCACAUGUAAAUUGCAGGAGAAAUACAAUAUGAGACGUGCUGUAGACACACAUUUAGUGUGGUUGGGUUGUGUUUCCAGAUGGAGUAUUUCAGGAAUCCAUUUUUCCAUAAAGGUCACCACAGCCCGACCCUCUGUCUUCUCGGGAAGGCCUUUUCCUGAUUGCCUAUCUAUUGAUUUCUUUACUGCAGAGAGCACAUGUAAGAUUUUUUUUUGGAAAUUUAACAACAGGCUACUUUUAGAUCAGAAUUUUGUGCACUCUUUCACUUAUUUCUGGGAGAUCUGGAGAGAGAGUAAAACAAAGUAUACUUCCCUGAGCCAGUGGUGGGAUAUUGGCAAAACUCAGAUUAAAUUGUUUUGCCAGAGUUAUUCUGCUUACAAUAAAAGUUUUCUGGACAAGAAGAUGGAACAGCUUGAACAGGAAAUACUACUUCUCAAUUUUGAAGGGGACCGUGACGCUGAGUCUUUGAAACAGAAUAAAUUUCUUUUGAGGAAUCUACUGGAAGAAAGAGCCCAGGAGACGCUGAUUCGUGCACGAUUCGCAUCUUUUAAUAGCAUGGACUCUCCUACUUCAUUCUUUUUUAACUUUGAGAAGAAGACUGUGGAUAAGAAGAUUUUAGGCUGUUUGAAACUUCCAGAGGGGAGGAAAGUUAAUAGCUGUGUCUGAAAUCGCUCCCUAUCCACUAUAUAGUGCACUAUAUCGGGUGUCGGCCAUUUUGUAGUGGUGUCCG